AUGCACGAUGCAGCUUCACAGGGAUAUCAUGCGUUUCUGACUAAAUUGGAAAAUUUGAAGCUGUUGGUUUUUGUAGCUGAUUUGCUCUUCGUGUUUUCGAGGUACCACAAGAAGAUUCAGUCGGAAUACUUUAACAUUACUGACUUGCCUGACUGGAAGUCAGAUGUGAUGAGAAGGCUUGAUGAUCUCCAACAUUCACCGGUCCUGGGUGGCUGGGAAUCGGAGUUACAACAACAGUAUCAACCAGAAGACAACCUUUUUAUGGAUAUUGAGCUUAAACGCGUAACAGAAAGCCAAAGAAAAGAGCAUCACCUGUAUGUCAGUGAAACUACACGCAAUUUUGUAACUGUACGAUCUGAAGUCUUAGAGUCUCUAAAAGCAUUUUUGACUCAAAGGCUUUCAUUUGAUGAGGACAUCCAGAAGUUGCUGAAGUGCUUCAUUUCAUUUCAAGCAAAAGAUGACGAUCUUGUAAUGGUGCAUCAGAAAAUUGCUUGUGACCUACAAUUGUCGAAUAUUUCUGAAGAAUAUCGUGAUGCGGUUCGAUUACUUGGAUCAAAAUCAUUGUCCUUACUGGAGAAAGUUGAAAUGCUUGCACAGGCUCAAAGUGACUAUGGUAGCUUAGCAGUUGUUUUCGCAAGGAUUGCAGCCUGUAUGCCACAUUCAGCAGAUGUAGAAAGGCUGAUUAGCUUGUAUAACCAGCUCAAGACAUCCGAUCGCUCCUGUCUAACAAAUGAAACCGUUUCGCACUAUUUGUACGUCGACCUAAAUAUGUCUGUUUUAGCAGAGUUCAACCCAAGCCCGGCAGUAGAAUAUUGGUGGAAGCAACGCUCCCGUCGAUCUGUGGAGCCAACAAAGGCUAAAGAACAAGAAUGGUUUCUGAAAACCUUCAGUGAAGCAUCAGAAAAGAUGAAAGAAAGAAUGUCAAAACACAAGGACAGAUACAACGAUAAUUUUAAACAAUUGUCAAGCAAUAAAUAUUUGUUGUGUUAUUAA